ACGUCACUCAGUUUAUUUGUGUAUGUUGUCGUAAAUGUUUAGCCGCAGCAUUAUUGCAAAUAAAAUUGCAAUUAUAACAGAAAUCUCCUCACAUGUGCAAUGAUCAACAAAGACUCUACACACCAGAAGUAAUAUAUAACAUAAAUUGAAUAAUGGAAAGAGGGAAAAUGCCGUCAGCGGGGCGAGGAGCGAAGAGUAAGGCUCCGCAGCACCCUCAGGAUAUCUUUGCGCUUGGCAGCAAGUCCACGGUAGUGGUCUCCAGGGAUCCUGAAAAGAGGAAUAUCCACAAACCUUCCUCUAGUGGUGUAGAACGUAAGAGAGAGACCUCAGGGUUUGGCAGCCAGCCCCCCAGUAAGAGGGCCAGAAUCGGCUCACCUGCGGAGGCAGUUGGAGGAACAUCUCUGGAAGUAGACCCAGUGGAUCUGGUGCCAAAUGUCCUGCAAGCUUUGGAUACUCAUAAUUCUGAUAAGUUGCUGGGCCUCCUCACAGGCUCAAUACGUCUCCUCAAAUCGCAACGUUCAAAACCAGACCCCAUACUAUGCAUGAGCCUUCUCUACUUAACAAAGAUACGUCCCAACAUGUUCGCCCACGAGACAGUAACACAGAGCCUCUGUACGUUGCUGAAGAGGGAACAGGGAGCUGCAUUCAAGAAUAAAGGAAACCCACUGGUGUAUAUACUGGCUUGUAAUAUGCUGUAUGCUGGCCAUAGAGAGAGUAAUAACUGGCCUGAUAUAUUUAUUAAGGUAUACAUAGAGGAUGCUCUUAAUGAGAGAUGCUGGGUAGAGUGCUCCUGGUGCAAAUGCUUUGUGGAGAAUGUGGUGACAGCCUUCAGCACCAAGCAGCCACCGUCACAUCUUAUUCCUACUGACAAUACACUAGGUACAAUGUCACCAUCAGGAUCUGGUUCUCCUCUGAUGGGCAGUACAGAAGAAGACACAGAUAAUAUGGAGCUGGAUUACUCAGUUUUUCCAAGGUAUUCAAGUAGUUAUGAAGCUGUAGAAGCCUUGGUAUUGGAAGCCAUCAAGGAACAGAUACAGAGGCGAUCAGCUGCACCUGAUGCUAUCGGCAAAGGAUUCCUCAAACUGCUGUCUGCUACUUGUGGUUUCCCUGAGAUCCGCAUGAUAUCAGCGUCCCGCCUAGAAGCGUGGCUGCACUCUGGCAAGCUGUGGCGCUGCGCCCAGGAGCUGCUGGCGUACGUGUGCUGCAACUGCGAUGCGUGCGGGCCCACCGCCGCCCGCGACCACGAGGUGCUGGCCCAGCUCGCCCGCAUGCGCCUCAAGACCAAGCCGCUGCAGGCUGCCUACCAGGCCUGUUUGAGAGAGAUGGUGUCGGACAGCCCGCCACUGCUGCGCAGCGUGGUGACGCACACGAUCUACAACGAGCUGUCCAACGUGCGCUCGCCCAACAACAUGGCGGUGCUGGCCGCGCUCAUACAGGCGCAGCCGCAGCAGGUGCCGGCCGCCAUGGCUGAUACUUACCAGGAGCUAGUACUACGUCCGGAAGACUACCUGCGUCCGCUCCGCGCACUGACGCGCGAGGUGGUGCGAGCCGCGCGAGCAGACGCGCAGGCACUGCUACCGCUCGCACGUGCGCUCGCGCAGCCGCCGCCGCACGAGCCGCCGCAAGAGGUCCGCGAACGCGCCUUCUCAUCUCUAGCCGACCUGUUCUGCUGCUGCUGCCUAGUCACAGCUUCCCACAGCAAGCACCUCGCCGAGUAUCGGCAGCAGGUGUGCGUCAUCCAGGCGGCGGCGCUGGGCUGGUUGCUGGACACCGCCAUGCCUAUCUACCGGCCCAGUCGACAUGAUUACCAGCUGGCUCUCAAUAAGGUGAUGUUCGUGGAGCCAGCGGAGACGUACAGCAAGGUGGACAACUGGCCGCCGGAGUCUGAGCGGGCGGUCACGUACCGGCUGUGCUGCGAGGCGCCGCUGCCGCAGAACACGCUGCUGCGAGUCAUCUUCAUCGGCCUGUCCAAGGUAAGCCGUGGAGACGUACAGCAAGGUGGACAACUGGCCGCCGGAGUGGACAACUGGCCGCCGGAGUCUGAGCGGGCGGUCACGUACCGGCUGUGCUGCGAGGCGCCGCUGCCGCAGAACACGCUGCUGCGAGUCAUCUUCAUCGGCCUGUCCAAGGUGGACAACUGGCCGCCGGAGUCUGAGCGGGCGGUCACGUACCGGCUGUGCUGCGAGGCGCCGCUGCCGCAGAACACGCUGCUGCGAGUCAUCUUCAUCGGCCUGUCCAAGACGUACAGCAAGGUGGACAACUGGCCGCCGGAGUCUGAGCGGGCGGUCACGUACCGGCUGUGCUGCGAGGCGCCGCUGCCGCAGAACACGCUGCUGCGAGUCAUCUUCAUCGGCCUGUCCAAGGACAUACCAGUAUCUCCAGCGGAGGUGUUCGAGCUGGUGGAACAGCUGGUCCGUCGCGCAUGCGCGCUGCCUGCUGAGGAGAACCCGCUGCAGGUGGACAAGUUAGAGAUCGCUGACUAUAUCUUCCAGUUGUGUCAGUUUAAUCCACCAGAUAAUAUUACCCUGCCUGCUGGCUACACUCCGCCAGCCCUGGGCAUCACGUCUUUGUACUGGCGCGGCUGGCUGCUGCUGACGAUGCUGGCGGCGCACAACCCCAGCCAGUUCGCCGAGCGAGCCGCCGCGCUCUACCCCACGCUCAGGGCGCUCAUCGAGCUCUGUAUCACCAAGUAUGUCUCUAGCUACACCCCCAGCCAGUUCGCCGAGCGAGCCGCCGCGCUCUACCCCACGCUCAGGGCGCUCAUCGAGCUCUGUAUCACCAAGUAUGUCUCUAGCUACACCCCCAGCCAGUUCGCCGAGCGAGCCGCCGCGCUCUACCCCACGCUCAGGGCGCUCAUCGAGCUCUGUAUCACCAACAAGCCCAGCAUAGAAUGGAACACCAGCUCGGCAGCUGAAGCUGAGCGUGCAGAAGCCGAGCGUGCUGCUAUCUUGCAGUUGGAGACUCACCUGGCGGCAGCAAGUAAUGCCAAGCUGCCUGUUACUGAACACUCUUCCAGGCUGCUUAGUCAGCUCACAACCCUAGAACCCCUCGGACCAGCCCGGAAACCUCCCCAAGCGAUCAUCGAGACCCUGCAAGCGAUGAGCUCUCAGAUGCGGCUGGGCAAGCUGCUGUGCCGGCAGCCCGCGCUGCUGCUGGAGCUGGUGGAGCGGCACGGCACCCGGCGCGCCAUGCCCUGGCUGCACCAGCUGCUGAGACAUGACCAGCUGGAGCUCAGAUGCGGCUGGUGGAUCAUCGAGACCCUGCAAGCGAUGAGCUCUCAGAUGCGGCUGGGCAAGCUGCUGUGCCGGCAGCCCGCGCUGCUGCUGGAGCUGGUGGAGCGGCACGGCACCCGGCGCGCCAUGCCCUGGCUGCACCAGCUGCUGAGACAUGACCAGCUGGAGCUCAGUGUCCUCCCAGUCCAAUGUCUGUGCGAGUUCCUGUCAGCGGGCGGGGCGGGUGGCGAGGUGGGCAAGGCGGGUGAGCUGUGCGCCCACUUACGCCGCACCGUGGCCGAGUCGGAGGAAGGCGCCCGCGCAGUCCUGCAUUAUUAUAUGCAGAGGCUCGCACAUACACAUGCGCCGACACGAGCUACCGCUAGCAGGGGACUGAAACUCGUCCUGCAAUCGUCGGAGGAUACAUCGGAAACUGAUUACAAUGCUGAAGUAAGCCCUGAGGAAUGGCUGGACCUCCUGUGGGAUCUCCCCCACUGGGAGUCAGUCCGCGAGGAGGUGGUGUGCCGCAUCCGCGCCGCCUGCAUAGUGGAGUGCGUGCCGCGACACGUGGCCGCCUACAUCGCGUUCCUCGCCGCAUACGUCAGCCGCACUCCCACGGUCGACCAUACUGAUCUAGUGCUGGAUCUAAGCCAAGUCCUAAUGGAGCGAGCCACAGUGAUGGGCAGCGUGGUCGGCACGGGCGACCGCCCCGACGAGCCCACGGAGCCGCAGCACGCGCAGCACAGGGCGCUCUACUCCGUCACCAAGAUCCUGUAUGAGUAUCUGCAGAAGGUACGCACCUCAGACGCGGCAGCCCCGCCCACUCCCACGGAGCCGGCAGCCGGCAGUAGCGCCUGGGCGUUCGGCGAGCGAGUACUAGUGCAAUGGCCGAGUGGCAAGACUGCGAGGAUACAUCUCGUGUUAGCGCAUGCGUACUUGAAGCUGCUGUGUCUGGGUCCUUCUAUAUACGACACAAACCAAGAGAUGUACUCCUGGCUGAUGUCAGUGUGGGUGGGUAACGAUGCCCCGCAAGCCUUCACCCUGGACACGCAGGAGGAAGCUCUCCUGCUGCCCGACUGGCUGCGCUUGCACAUGGUGAGGUCAGCGCGAUCGCCGCUACUGGAGUCCGGCAUGAGAGCCAUGACGGCGCCCAAGCUGGCUCUGUUCAUACAGACUUUUGGCAUGCCUGUCACCGCUAUGAGUUCGUUGCUAUGCGCGCUGGACGCGUGCCCGGCGGGCGCGGUGGUGCGGCUGGGCGUGGAGCGCGCCUACAUGGCGCAGCUGCUGGCCGUGCAGCGUGCUCGCGGCGCCGUCGGCGGGGACGCCUUCGCUGCUGCGCUGCGUCUUGCGCUGCCUGCAUACCCGCCCGAUGACACACUUUUCGUCAAAGAGGAGUUACCCGAAGAACCAGCUGACGAGUGGGGCAGCAGCGUGGUGCGAGCGCCGCUGCAGCCCGAGCUGGUGGCACCACUGCUCAGCACCGUCUUUACAGGCGCUAACACCUUCGCCGGGGAUGUGGAUACCGCUUUCACUGAACUUAUAUCGCUUAUAACUGAAUCGAUAGCAUCUGGCGCGACGCUAUCGAACACGGGGUACGUGGGGCGUACAUUGUCGUGGCUGCGCUCGCUGGCCAGCAGCGCGGGCGGCGCCGCCGGGCUGGUGCGGCGCCCCGCACACGCCGCGCCGCUGCUGCGGGCGCUGCUGCCGCUGCCGGGGGCUGCUACACUGCAGGGUAGCAUCAGCAGCGCGGGCGGCGCCGCCGGGCUGGUGCGGCGCCCCGCACACGCCGCGCCGCUGCUGCGGGCGCUGCUGCCGCUGCCGGGGGCUGCUACACUGCAGAUCGCAGACACACUCCUCAUGCAGUGCAAGCUGCAAGCAGGCCCAGUGCUGGACGUGCUACGUGCUAUGAUGCAGGGCGGCACUGCCAAGCGUGAUCGUGACGUGCCCGUACCGCCUGCAGCUACCAGGCAGCAGCUUAUUGCAGCCUUGGAGACAUCAUCCCCCAGUACGCUAGAGGCUCUCGGCAACCGCAUCAUCUCGAGCCAGGACACGCGCGUCCUCGUGGAUGUCAUCACGCACAUCCUCGAGAAGAACCAGGAGGGACACUACGAGUCCAAGAUAAAGCACGAGGACGGCACAUCGGGUCCGGCGCACGUGUUCUCCCGCGGCGGGCUGGGCGUGGGGCUGCUGCUGGACUGGAUGUCCGAGCUGCAGCGCGAGGCGCUCGGGCCCAGCGACCAGCGCCAGAGACAGAUGCAGCUGAUGUUCAGGUCGGGCUGCGCGGCGUGGCGGCCGCUGCUGGUGACGCUGCUGGCACACCGCGCCUCCUGGCGGACCCUGCACUACUGCCUCACCACGCUGCUGCAGCCCGAGGGGGUCGGGCUGCGCGGCGUGGCGGCCGCUGCUGGUGACGCUGCUGGCACACCGCGCCUCCUGGCGGACCCUGCACUACUGCCUCACCACGCUGCUGCAGCCCGAGGGGUAAGGCACAGUCUCCCGUGCACAGAUGCAGCUGAUGUUCAGGUCGGGCUGCGGCCGCUGCUGGUGACGCUGCUGGCACACCGCGCCUCCUGGCGGACCCUGCACUACUGCCUCACCACGCUGCUGCAGCCCGAGGGAUGUUCAGGUCGGGCUGCGGCCGCUGCUGGUGACGCUGCUGGCACACCGCGCCUCCUGGCGGACCCUGCACUACUGCCUCACCACGCUGCUGCAGCCCGAGGGGUAAGGCACAGUCUCCCGUGCACAGAUGCAGCUGAUGUUCAGGUCGGGCUGCGGCCGCUGCUGGUGACGCUGCUGGCACACCGCGCCUCCUGGCGGACCCUGCACUACUGCCUCACCACGCUGCUGCAGCCCGAGGGUGGCUGGUCUCCUACCGCGGUGCUGGACUUCGCGACCACGCUGACGGAGAGUCCCCGCGUGUGGCAGGGACGCGACAAGACCACGCCCAAGCACCACGUGCCCACUGACACGCUGCGGCUUGAUCAUCAUCAGCUGGGAGUGUUAGUCCGCUACGUGGCUGAGGAAGCUAGGCAGGUGGAAGCACAAGACGGGCCGGAGGCAGCUCGGCGGCGCGUGGACGGGCGCCUGGCACUGCUGCUGCGCUGUGCGCCGCACCAGCACAGCUUGCUGGCGGUGGCGGCGGCGGCUGAGCAGCAUGACCCCUUGCUGCUGCUGCUGCUGUACAUGAAGGUACCAAAAAUCCUGCCGCUGCUCCUACAAUCCGGCCACCGCAACCGUCCGCCGCAAGUGUUAGCGUGCCGCGCGUCGCUGCGCGCUGCGGCGGCGUCGUCCACCAGCGCCACGGACAGAGUGUCACAUGCGUUAUUGACUGCUAUCGCGGCACCGCAUCCUCAUAGCAAGGAGCAUACGCACAAACUAUGGCGCAUGGAGUCCGACGUGCGCUCGGUAUGGGCGCGUGUGUCGGGCGCCGGCGCCCGGGCGCUGGGGCUGGCGGCGGCGCUGCUGCGCGGGGCCCAGCCUGCCGCCGCGAGGCACCACGCGCACGUGCUGGCCGCGCUCGAGGUGCUGCCCGACGCUGAGCUGUUCCAUGCUGACAACACUGCAGAACUACACAGCAUCCUAGAGUGCUUCCUGUCACUAGCACGAGCACAGGCGGGCGGAGUCCUACUGCACCGCGUGGGUGCACUACUGCGGAGGUACCUGGCGUGUCGCCCACAACUCGCCGGGGCUCUGCUGCAUGCACAUAAAGAUACUAUUGCCAACACGCCGGCGCUGUCGUCGCUGCAGGCGGCGGACGUGUCGGCGCCCGCGUCGGCCGCGCCGCCGCCGCUCGCGCUGCAGGCGCUGCAGAGGCGCUACGACGAGCCUGACAACCUGCACUGGCUACUGCAGGAGAUCGAAGCAUGGGGCUCUCGUCGCGGUGGUGCGUGGGGCGGCUCAGCGUGCGCGGGCACGCUGCUGCGCGCCGCGGCCCCGCACGCCGCCGCUGCUCACGCGCCACUCAGGACUACUGCGCUGGCCCUGCUGGCAAAACUGCUGCCUGCUGUUACUGAUACCAACCCCGGUCUCCAAGCGGUCCUAGAAUGCCUAGACUCCCACCAGCCCGAAGUGACUCAAUCCCUCCUGGACAAGCUACCAGAGAUAGUAGUGGGUAUGCAGGAGCACGCCGCCAAGGUACUCAUGCGCGUGUUCGACUUAGGGCUGAAGUCGCGGCACCCCGUGGAGCCCUGCAUCGCUAAGUGUGUUACUACUAUCAACUUGCAUAGGGGCUGUUAAAUGCACCCUUGAGUUCAGAGAUUCAUGCUGGACAAAGUUCUGAUGUUGGUAGUGUCUAAAAAAAAAUAAAAAAUUGAAGUUAAGUUUUGUACUGAAUCUGUAUUGUUAAAACUGGAUUGGAUUUGACUGAUCAAAAAUUGUGGACCUAAUCGGAUGAGGUUUAUGAAAUAUCUGGAGGAUUUUUAGCUGUGUAAACCUCUUAGGAAUGAAGAUCACGAUAAAAUAUGUCUUACUAUGGUUUUAUCAAGAAACAUCGUUUUGUAAUAACGAAUAUUGAAAUUGUAUUAGUAAUUAGAUAUAAGUGUCCCCUGUAAAUAGUGAUAAACAUUGAAUAAAAACAUUUUUCUUUUUGUUUUAAUUUUAAUAUUCACACAAUGUACAAAAAUGCAAUUCUAAAAAUAUUUUUAGAACUUUUGUGUGACAACACAAUAUUAGGGGUUAAAGUAUGAAAUUGCCGUUUUAUUCUAGUAGGUUUUUGAAUUGCCAUAGAGUCUUCAUGGUUUGAGGUUUUCGAAUGGAACUUUUUUCACGUGGUUUCUGUGAUGUUCUUCUUUUAAAAAAUGUGAAACAUUUGAUUAUCGAUGUUCAAUUGUUUUUGUUAUUCAACUUAAACAAGAAAGAUGGAUACUGCGAAAAUUUGAGUAAUUUUUGAAUAUGAGUUCCGACGCGGGAUUGAACGGCAGAAACAGCCCGCAAUAUCAAUGCUGCAUUUGAAGAGGUGUCUGCUAAAGAACGCGCCGUGCGAUUUUGGAUUAAACGCUUUCGUGGUGGAAACUUCGACUUGAAGAACGAGCCAUGAGAAAGACCGCCUGACAGGUGAUUAACGAAAAAUUAAGAGAGACGGUGAACGCCGAUCCUAGUCAAACUACCCAGAUACCCAGCCGAACACCGAAUAAUGUUGAAAAAAUUAGCAGUAAAACAGCCACGACUCAUGAAUCGACCUUCACCGCUAUUGCUCCAUGACAACGCGAGGCCUCAUACAGCAAAAUAAACCGUUUUAACUCUUCAGGAACUGCAGUUGGAAACUAUUCGUCUUCCUCCAUAUUCGCCAGACCUUGCUCUAACGGACGACCAUUUUUUUUGUGAUUUGGACAAUUAUCUACGUCACAAGAAGUUUCUUCCCAGGAGGCAGAACAAAAUUCUUUCACACUGUUUGUGCAGUCUAGAUCCUCAGAGUUCUAUCGUAAAGGCAUAAAUGACCUUCUUAUUAGAUGACCGCAAUGUAUAGAUAAUAAUGGCAACUAUUUUGAUUAAAUAAGUUUGUUAAAAAUUUAAAAAAAAUACAAUUUAGGUUUUCAGUACAAAUCGGCAA